UCGGGCCCCGCGGCCAUGCAGCUGUGGCGAUGCCUGCCGGCCCUGCGGGCCGUUCUCCCCUCCCCGCGGCGGCUCUCGGCGACGGCGCCGCGAACGCGGGCCGAGGCGGGCGGAGAGGGGCCGCGCGGAGACGGAGACGGAGCUCUGCGGCCGCUGUACCUGGACGUGCAGGCCACCACCCCGCUGGACCCGCGGGUGUUGGACCGCAUGCUGCCCUACCUGACCGCCUGCUACGGGAACCCGCACUCCCGCACCCACGCGUACGGAUGGGAGAGCGAGGCCGCCACCGAACGCGCCCGGCGGCAAGUUGCAGAUUUAAUAGGAGCAGAUCCGAGAGAAAUCAUUUUCACCAGCGGGGCUACGGAAUCCAAUAAUAUGGCCAUCAAGGGUGUUGCAAGGUUCUAUAAGUCCAGGAAGAAGCACAUCAUUACCACGCAGACAGAGCACAAGUGUGUGUUGGAUUCCUGCCGCUCCUUGGAGGCUGAAGGCUUUCAGAUCACUUACCUGCCUGUCCAAAAAAAUGGGCUGAUCGAUUUGAAGGAGCUGGAGGCUGCCUUCCAGCCAGACACAAGCUUGGUUUCUGUGAUGGCUGUGAAUAACGAGAUAGGAGUGAAGCAGCCGAUUCGUGACAUUGGUGAGAUCUGCCGUGCACGUAAGGUUUUCUUCCACACGGAUGCUGCGCAAGCAGUUGGUAAAAUUCCUAUGGAUGUCAAUGACUUGAAAAUUGAUCUAAUGAGCAUCAGUGGCCAUAAAAUUUAUGGGCCCAAAGGGGUUGGUGCCAUCUAUGUUCGCCGGCGCCCGCGCGUGCGGCUGGAACCCCUGCAGAGCGGCGGAGGCCAGGAGAGAGGGCUGCGAUCGGGGACUGUGCCCACCCCGCUGGCUGUGGGCCUGGGGGCGGCGUGUGAGGUGGCGCAGGAGGAGAUGGAGUAUGACCAUAAGCGAAUCUCACAACUGGCAGAACGGCUUGUUACAAAAAUAAUGAGUGAAGUUCCUGAUGUGGUUAUGAAUGGAGACAGAGAGCAUCGUUAUCCAGGAUGCAUCAAUUUAUCUUUUGCGUACGUGGAAGGGGAGAGUCUUCUCAUGGCUCUGAAAGACGUGGCUCUAUCUUCAGGAAGUGCUUGCACAUCAGCUUCUCUGGAGCCUUCAUAUGUUUUGCGGGCAAUCGGAGCAGAUGAAGACUUGGCUCACUCCUCUAUAAGAUUUGGAAUUGGUCGUUUCACUACGGAAGAAGAAAUAGAUUAUACAGUGCAGAAAUGCAUACGGCAUGUUAAGAGGCUGAGGGAAAUGAGUCCUCUUUGGGAAAUGGUGCAGGAUGGAAUUGACCUCAAAAGCAUUAAAUGGAGUCAGCACUGAGAAAACAAGCUCUUUCCAUGCAUGGACUAGAUAGAAGUGGAUUAAGAUGCAUUUUCUGUACAUUCCUGAACAAACCCGUGCAGCACAUUUCAGCUUGUUCUUAUCUGCAAUUCGAAUGGAAAGCUACCUUUUCUGAUAACAGUCUAAGAAGCCAAAAGUUAAACUAGUCUGUAUGCUGGAGAAGGGCAGGAUGGCAGAACAGCCAUCGCUUGUAUAUUUACAUUCAGCAAUUUAUGCUGAGAUGGAUUCUGUUAGAGAAUGUGUUUUGCAAUGUAAAAAACGAAACUGUGGAAUCGUGGUGAGAGAUUGCUCCUCCUCAGCGUAAAACAUCCUGUGCAGCUGUUCUGCUUGCAGCACAGACCUGCUGCCGGGCUGCUGGUUCUUCUGGAGGCAAGCAGCCUUGCAGCUGCAGGUGGUUUUGUGCUGCUUAAAUGUGUUGUGAGAAUUUUUUAUGCAGGAAGACGUUUGGCAUUUCUAGAGGAAAAGGAUGCCUCACUGUGGCUAUGUGCCUUCACAGUUAAGUUGUAUGUGGAGUUAUGAACUCUUUUUUCCCCUAAAACUUUAUAGUUUUUGCUCUUGUGUGUGUGUGUGUGCUGCUUAUACAGACCAGUGUGCAUUAAUACAUUGUACAGCGUACAGUGUUAUGGGAUUUAGGAUACCAUUAUAAUGCACUUUGCUGUCCCCUCUGCUUUUUUCCUACACAGUAAAGAAAAAAAACUUGAAUGACUGGGAGAGGAGGACACACAAUAUGCCAGCUUCAGUUGCAGUACCAGUUUAGUUGGUACUCCACUGGUGGAGGAGGGGAAGCACAUAACAUACAGUGUCUUCUGGUUUCGUUCUAGUUUUGCUUUGUUUCCCUUGUGGUGAGUCCUCUGCCAUUACUGCAGCCUUUGCCUUUGCUUCUGGGAGUCUUGCUCAGUGGGUGAACCUGGAUGUUCUGUCAGUAGGUAGGAACAUGUGGCUCUGGAGUUUUUUCUUAGUGUGCCAGGGCUAACUUGUCUUAGAGACUUCCAUGGGGAAAAGUGUCAAUUAAAAUGGAUUUGAUUAGAUGAAUUCAUAUCAUUAUUUCUGCUUUUGUACCUCUGGUGGUCUUUCCAGUAGGAAACUUAACCCUGUAUUACGAAGUGCCUUUUAUCAGCUGCGUAAGCAGACAGCUCUCACAUUAGUUUCUUGGUUGAUGGCUGCCGAAUUUAAUACACAUUAUAGAUGGUGUGUGACCAGUUCUGAGUAGUAUCUACCUCGAGGAUGAAGCACUGUGUGGAAAAGCUGAAGCUAAGUCUCACAGAGUGGACUGAAUUAUAGAAUUGUUCCUUUUUCUGUUAAGAAGGACAGAUUUGGUUGAAAUGCAAAGCUAAUCCUGAAUUGUUCUAUUUGAAAUUACUAGCUUUAGCACUUUCAAUAUCGUACGACUGACCGGCACCUUGUGAUUCAUCACCAUGUUUUUAAAACUCUCAUAUGCAUAACUAGGUUUUAGAGGCAUUGUUUGUAUUAUAUUUUAUCUUUGGGCCAUGUGUGGUUUCUGGGUUAAGCACGUGAUAAGAAUUCCCCAGCAUGUUGUAGAAUUGUAUGUUUAUGAAUGUGUUCUUUGUGCUUCGUGGAUUAUAAAAAUAGAGAGAAGACUUCAA